GGUGUGUCACCGACUGAGGCUAGAUCUUAUUGUCUUGCACUGAAAUUUAUAAAAUUGUCUGUUUGCCCUGAAAAGCAUCCAUCCACCAGUGUGGCAAAAUUGCAGCAAAUAGAAUUACGCUGGACGCGGUGGCAAAAUUUCACGGCAAUGCGCCUAUGACAUCAGACAUGGAUAAAUACCUAGCUGUAUUUUUAAAUGCACAGAUGCAAACCAGCAAAUAUAUUACAUAUAUGUAUAUCCACUUUUACAAAAUAACAAGUAUUAUCAUGCCAUUUGGUCAGCAUGUGUUUGACCUAUAAGCAAGCCAACUAUUAUUUACUAGAAAUGUAUAGACAGGCAAUGCAUAAUUUGUGGUUCUUUUUACUUUAUGCUAACUGAUCAAAUCCACCUACCACAUGCUGCAUUUAGUAUGAAGUCUGUUUAUGGAGCUCAGCACCCUCCAAUUACAUCAGACUGGUCUCCUCAGCCCAGCCCGCGCCACGCGCCGGCAGAGGCCUCGGGAGGGGCCAACUUCCACGAGUUCCAGCAGUCGGUCGAGGACGCCUGGGACGAUGGCGACGACGAGUUCUGCAUCAUCUCCGGAAAAAUACAGAAAGACGUGCGGAUAUCGGAGAACCUGGCGCACUCCACGGCGCUCAAUGUGAUCCAGUCCCACCGGUCGGCCGGCGGCGGCCGACCGCGGAGCGAUCAGCGGCCCAGCGGCAGCGGUAGCGGCACGCAGGAGCAUAGCGAUGAGCGGGAAAAGACUACCGAUCGGCCGGAAUCCAACAGCGAGUCGUCCGCGCCCGCGCCGGUGGUCAGCCGGCCCUGCAAGACGGAGGUCUCCCAGGCGGGGAAGGCGGAGGCCAUGAUUCGGCUGGCAGCGCAACGACCUCAGGCGGCGGCGGCGUCCGGCAGCCCCCCGACGGGCGGCCUGAUGAACCCUACCAGCUGCCCCCGGAUGCCGGGUCACCCUCAGCCGCUGCGGCCCGGCUCCGUGCUCCGACACCCGCCCGUCAGAUACCUGCAGGAUAAGGCCAACGCAGGCCUGGACCGGGAGGCGGCGCGAUUGGCCAAGGUUCAGGCGGCCAUCGACGGUGGCGCUACCACCCUGGACGAGCUGCGCGCCCUCUGCUGGGGCGGCGUGCCGUCCCCCGUGCGGGCCGUCGCCUGGCGCCUCCUCUCCGGCUACCUGCCGCUGCCCCGAGAGCGUCGCGAGCCCACGCUCUGCCGAAAGCGGGACGAGUACUGGAGCUUCGUGCAGCAGUACUAUGACACACGGCACGAUGAUAUUCACCAGGAUACGUACCGACAGAUUCACAUCGACAUCCCGCGCAUGUCUCCGCUGAUCCCGCUUUUCCAGCAGCACUGCGUGCAGGAGAUGUUUGAGCGCGUGCUCUACAUCUGGGCCAUCCGGCACCCGGCCUCGGGCUACGUGCAGGGGGUCAACGACUUGGUGACGCCCUACUUUAUCGUCUUCCUGCAGGAGGUGCUGCCACCCGGCACGGACAUCGACAGUUACGACGUGGCCUCUCUGGCGGAGCCGGAGCGGCGUGUGAUCGAGGCCGACUCGUUCUGGUCCAUGUCUCUGCUGCUGGACGGCAUCCAGGACAACUACACGUUCGCCCAGCCGGGCAUCCAGACCAAGGUGACCCAGCUCAAGGAGCUCGUCCAGCGGAUAGACGCGCCGUUGGACGCGCACAUCGCUCGGCACGGUAUCGACUACCUGCAGUUCGCGUUCCGUUGGAUGAACAACCUCCUGAUGCGCGAGCUGCCGCUCCACUGCACCAUCCGACUGUGGGACACCUACCUCUCGGAGGUGGACGGCUUCGCCAGCUUCCACCUGUACGUGUGCGCCGCCUUCCUCACAUACUGGAGCCGGAUACUGAUGCAGGAGAAAGAUUUCCAGGGACUGAUGCUAACGCUUCAGAACCUGCCGACCCACAACUGGACAAACUCUGAGAUCAGUCUGCUGGUCGCCGAGGCUUUCAAGCUCAAGUACACAUUUGCCGACGCGCCUAAUCACCUGGCAAGUCGGGCCAAAUAACGAACCGGGAGUGGACCACGAUGGACCACACGGUCUGCCGGACCACGCGGUCCGGUGGACCAGACGACAGACCGGAGUCGGCAAUGGGCCCUAUGAGACCGCCGAGGUAAGGCAUAAUGCUGGGCCAGGACUAACGUGAUGCUCCUGGCAGUUGAGUUGUGCGUAGCGCGGCCUGACUGGUGCGUUGAAGGCAGCGAGAGAUGGACUGGACUGAGCCAGUGACUGGUAACUUGCGUGAGAUGCGGUAACAGCUGGAGAGUCAAACGGACGCCAUGGAGGCGUUUCCUGAGGGGACCGAGUGCCCGAUAGUUCGGGUCGGUAAUAUCCAGGAUGGCCGAACAGUGUUUCAUAUAAUGUCUCCGUGAUGGGUUGCGAGAGACGGUCGGGGUCUGGUGCCGUUCUCCAGCCACGCUGGACUGUUCAGUGAACCUGAGGGGCUAGCGGUGCUACCCUGGCUUGACUGGGAGGCCGGGGUCGAUCCCUCUGGCUACCAGUGGUCUAUUGUGUGGAAGAGAGGGGCAGGACGUCUGUCGGGCUACCAGUUUGACCAUCUAAAGGCGGUGACUGGCACUUCAGAAUGCAAGGAGUCGCAGCAGCGCCAGGAAAGAAAGGCGACAGUUUGCGGUUAGACUCGACCUCUCCACCAGCUUGACGUCCUAACCCGAGCUGGCCUGAUUGAUGGAAGGGCCACAUUCGAACAAGCAUGUGCUUUGACACCGACGGCAGGUCUGCCAACAGUCGGGUUCCUUGACAUCGUCUGAGGCGUACAUCCGCCUCUCUAAAAGUACUGAGUCAUUUUCGACGGCGGAAUCGGUUCUUGGUGGGGUAUACCGUUUAUGCGUGCCUUCCUCCCUUUUCUCUCUAUCUAUGAGCGAUGGACUUGAAGGACCUUGCUCAAUGGCCUCCGGCACCUACGAAUUGUUGUUGCCUCUGUGAAAUAUUUAUACAGUGAUGUUUCGCCGUUGAAUGGAGAGGCCGCGCAGACGUGGUUCAAGACCUAAUUGUGGUGCUCCGUUGAUGAAUUUUGUGUGGUGUGCGAGUGGUGCGAGUCCUGUGAUGCACGGUGACAGUGUGUCACUGCCUGUUCAGACAGUCUUGGAGGUGCAAUGGGGAGUCAAUGACGACGGCGGGACGGCGAAUCGCCCCGACCGGCGCAGUCCCCGACCUGUUUGCUGUUGUGCCAAUGCUGCGCUUUGAGGAUGCUAGGUAUGAGAGGGUAUCGAGGCCUUGUGUAGGGCUUCUACUGUGACGAACAAACGCUGGCGGAACUAUCUGGUGGCGGACAACGGAUUUGAGACCGUUCAUUGGCGGACGGGCGGCAGCCGCGCUGUUACGCGGCGUGUGAUUGAUGGAUGAGUGAAUGUGGAUGUCAGACACUGUCUGGUUGGGCGCGUGUGAGAGCUGUUACGCCGCGAUUGAUUGGUGAUUGAGGUGCUCGGUGCACGGUGCGUGAUCGUGCAUUGUGCACCUGUCAGUGAUCUUCUGCUGAGACUUACCUGGACCAGCAGUGCUGCGAGACAAACACCGUCGCCGAAAAUAUAUAUUUUAUACCGCCUAUA